AUGGGCCGACGAGACGCUCAUAUCUCGCCUGCUCAUGCAGCAUGGACUGCGGCAAAAGCCCGUGCCUCACAGCCACCGGGCAUUCGCUCACAACAACCACAGACCAGUAUCAAGAGGCAUGCCCAAGAUCGUUCUGGACAAGCCCAUGAAGAGCAUGAACAACACGGAAUACCACUGUUCGACCUUCCAACGGAGCUACUCCACUCUAUCUUUGACUGUCUGGACAAGGCCUCAAUCUGUGCUGCCCGAAUGACCUGCAAAACUUUGGCCAAAGUUGGCGUUGAAUAUAUACUUGACUCAAUCCAUGUCGUAUACAAGCGAGACAAUUUGGCAGAGUUGCUCGAGAUUGCUAAGAAACCUGCGAUGGCGAAGUGCACCCAUUCAUUUUGGUUCCAAGCCGAUCGUUUUGGUCCUGCUCUGACAUUUUCCGAAUGGGACAAGGAACGAGACGAACUGAAGCCGUGGAAUGAAUACAACAUAUACCAUGAACUCCCAGUAGAUCAAGAAUAUGAGAGUUCAGCAGGACGUCGUGCUUUGGACAGUGCGCGUAAACGUUUUGAAAAGCGCAAGAAGGGCAAGCACAGUAAAGCAGCCAUCGCAGAUGCAUACGAACAAUACAAAACAACCAUAGCGGAUCAGAAGAGCAUCGUGGACGAACGGUUCGACUAUCAAUGCUUCUCCGAGCUUUUUGCGGCGUGCCCGAAGCUUACCGAUGUAGCAGUCUCCAUCGGACACGGUACCUCAGGCUACAUAGACAGGGGACGCAAGGCUUUCAAGAACAUUAUGAUGCACCCAUACGGCGAUAUCGAUUACCGCGACCAAGGGGUGCAUCAGUUCUGGACGGCAGUGGAAGCUUUGCAUCAUGCGAACCGCCAGCCGCAGCGCCUUUUCCUUGGUGAUGUGUCUUACCGUGUCUUCAGGCAUACCUGGAAUAAUGCUCCGACCAAACCCUUGAUGGAGAAUCUGAUGCAAAACCUACGUGAGCUUCGCAUUGGCAUCUCUAUCUAUGAGCCAUUGCCACCUGACAAUGAUGCAAUGGCUUUGAGAAUUGAGUCAGAUGUGUACUAUCGCAAAGGACUGCUCGCAAAAUGGCUUGCGUCUGCUCAACACUUACGUGUGCUCAAGGUCCGCAUGUGGGGGGCCUGGGAAGGUGUCUUCGGUCGCGUUGGUGGCAAGCUCUCCAAGCUGCGAAAGGUCAAGCUUCGCAGUUAUUUCAGCGAUGGCUUCAACGAUGGAAUGGACUUCGCAGAUGAAGGAACGGUCAUCAAUGGCGAGCGGGACGCCUUUGAGAACCAGCUUUUGCGUGGAGGUGAGCUGGACGAUGACUGGUUGGAGCGUGAUGGCAUGUUUCCAGAAGAUCUUGAUGACUAUGAACCACCCAGCAGAGUCAAGGAGUCAGAUGCCGGACACACUACUGACGACUCGUGGCGCCCGACUAGACUCAUCUGGGUUGGCGACGACAGCGGUCUCCCAGGCCCUGACUCAAACAUCUUGAGCGGCAGCCUUGUCCCAGUGGGAAACGAGGACAUUCGAGACAAUACGCACAUCCCACCUUGUUUUCAACCCGAACGACUUCAAAGCCUUGCGAAAGAUUUAGGAGACAAAUGGCUCUUCGACUCGAAACAUAGCGCACACCGAGAAGUUCACCAGUCCGUUGUAAUCUUCUCGGAGAUCGCGCGACUGUCGGGCUGUGAGGCGGAGUAUUGGACUUGGCACAAGUUGAUCACCACAUUGUUGAAGAAAGACGUGGCCUCGAAUGACGAUAUAUCGGAUCGAACUCUGAUCUACUUCUGCUGGACGACCGAGCCGGACAUGGGUGUGACGCAAAUAGUCUAUCGUCUUCUGCAAGAGCUGGGAAAUCUGGCAGCAAACGCGAAGCGCGUUAGAUGCUUUCCCAAUAUUCGCGAUCUACAAGAGAGCGAGCGGAAGCUUGGAGACAUUAAGGCGCUCGACCAUAUCGCCAACGCAAGUGUAUCGCCUGAAUACAAGUUCCGGCCGCAGACAUGCACGAAAACAUUGGAGUGCACACUCAAGGAACCAUUCGUUAUGAAGAGAACACACUCAUCAACAUCGACACAUGUCAAGCUCGAACCCAAGCAGGACAUCUACACAUGUCUGCCCUGCCGCGCAUCUCAUGACCCAUGCGCUGCGAACGGAGAGCGUGCUGCGCUCACAACAAAUUACAACAAGAAAUCGCUUGCAGAGCUGAAGGUCGCGUGCGAGCAGCGUGGCGUCGACACGAGUGAUGUUGCCAAUCCACGCGCCAAAGCAGAGUAUAUUGGACUGUUGAGAGACAAUUCUAUGGCUACCACACUUCCGCCGGUCUCUGGAAAAGAUGCAUCCGAUGCGCGGAAGCACUCCCCUCGAUGGUUCCAUCAGCAGAACAUCGACUCACUCAUCAACUUCGGCGAGUUCCGCGUCAUCCUCGCCACGCUACCGUCUGCUGAUGGUCUUCACGGCCGGAAAGGGCAUGUCUUCGAGGCAUUCCACACCAAGCCCAGGAAAGACAUGACGAACCCCAUUGUCAGCGCCAUGAGUCGCGUUCCUGACGAGCUGCUGGAUCUGGAGCACUGUGGCGCCAAGACAUAUCGCGACCUCGAACAGUACAGUCUCUGGGUGUUUGAGCAGUUGAGGAAGUAUGAUGCGCUCCCCGCGAACGAUAACAGGCACGCUCCGACGACCCAAGACGAUUCAUUUCGGGAAAUUGACGACAAGGAGAACGUAUCGCCAGAUCACCCAGGUGAGAAGCAGAAGCGCUCACUCAAUGGCGAAUCGACUCAACCCCGGAAGUCACGCAAGGUCGACCAUGGCGAAGUUGUGCUCAUCCAUGAUUGUUCUUCUGCAAGAGGCGAAAGCAUGUUCGAGUCACUUGAAGUGGGUGUACGCUUGGACAUUGGAAUAUCGUCCGCCGCCGACGGUCACAGGUUCUUUGUCAACGAGAUCACUCGCUCAUGGUAUGGAGACCUGAUCAGCUACAAGAGUGCGGAGCCGAGGACGAGGAUUUGCUGUGCUUUGGCGAAGGCGGGAUGGCGCGUUUGUGCACCCCCGAAGUGCCCAGUCGCAGUGCAUACAGGCGAUGCGGUGCCCUUCACAGCGUUCGUUGAUUCAUAUACCAACUUCACCAUGGUCCAGUUCCUCGGUUGGAAUCGCUUUCUCAGCCCAACAGUUAUGCUAGAAGGAGAUGUGGUCUGCGUUGGACCAAGCGAUUCACACGUACCUCUGCCUGUUGAGACCGCUGCAUAA